AUGAAUUAUAUUGAUUAAGAUGAUUGUAAUAUCCCUUUUGAUUACGAGGAUGAUUUAAUUUUCCCUCCCUAUUAUGAAAAUGCAGAAACACCCGAACAUAGCAAAUCUACUGAUUUAGAAUAAAAGAUCAAAAACGAUAGAAAAGAAAGGAUUUUGAAAAAAAGAAUAGAAAAAAAACAAAAGACCAAUUCUGAUUCUAGCAACAAUCUCUCAAAAGAAGAGAUAAGGAAACUAAGAAAUAGAAAUUCUGCCUAACAGUCAAGAGAUAGAAAAAAAUAAUAGUUUGAUUCUUUGAUGUUAGAGAACCAAAAUUAUUAAAUCUUACUAAAACAAUAGGAAGAGUAAAUUUAAUUAUUAAUUGAAGAAAACAAUUAGUAAAGAUUAAAAAUACAAUACUUGGAAGAAAUAAAUUAAAGUUACAAAUGUAUGAAUUGUGCAUCGGAAGUAAACCAUGAGAUGAUAAGAGUAAAUGUCAUUUCUAAAUAAAAGAUGAUGAACUAUGGAUUAUUAUCUUUGUUGACAAUCACUUGUAUUUUGUCAAUUGUCAAUAAUGAAUACGAAUUCUCACCAAAGCCAAUAUCACUUCAUCAGAUUUCAGAAUAAAAAUAUGAAUUUUUAGCUCCUAAAUAAAAAUAAUAGUUUUCAAAUCCAACAUCAUUAACACUCUACAACCAUUUAACCAUGCCUGAACAUUAAUAUAAUAAUCAAACUCUAUUUUAUAAUUGCACAGGCAAUUAAAAGGAAUGUCAAUCAUUUUUAAAUAUCAUCAAGGCUGAGAAUUCUAAUAAUUUAUAUUUUGUAAAUGAUGCUUAAGAACACUUCCCUGCUGAACAAGAUCAUUAUUUCGAGAAAGGAGAAAAUGUUUAUUUAAUCAAAAUCAAACAAGAUGAUGAAGACAACUUUUAGAUAUUUAGGGCAAGAUGCUAAAUAACCGAAAGUAAUAAGUUGUUUUUCGAAAGGGACGAUUAAGAUUCUUAUAACAAUAGUUUGUAAUACUGA